AUGCCUCAGAAUAUUCCAUCUGUUCUUGUUGUUGGUGCCGGUGCUCUUGGAUUAGUGGCCGCUUAUUCUUUGCAGGAGCAUGGCCAAUGUGACGUUACCUUGGUUGUGAAAUUCGACUACGAAAAAGUUUGUCAAGAAGGAUAUACGUUUAAGUCUGUGCAAUUCGGAAACUUCUCUGGUUGGAAACCUAAGUACAUCAGGAAAUCCGUCGAGGACACCAAACAUGAGUACGACUUUAUCAUAGUUGCUGUGAAAAAUUUACCUGAUGGACCAGAGCCUGUCAACGAUAUUAUCCGUCAUGUGGUGGAGAGAAGUCCAAACUCUGCAGUUAUCUUGUUCCAAAACGGCAUUGAUAUCGAAAAGCCAUUGAUUGAGGAGUUCCCAGGUCAUGUCAUCAUGUCCGGUGUGUCGCUCAUCAACUGUACCAACAUUGACAGGGUUGUUGACCAGAAAAACAAAGAUAGUAUUCAAAUUGGGCUUUUUGAAAAUGAAACCAUUAAAGACAUUGCCACAGCCGAAUCUAAGCUAAAGCAGUUUGUUGAAUUAUAUCAUAUUGAAGGUAUGAAUACUGUCAGUUUGGACGAAAACGUUAGAUUGUCCAGGUGGAAGAAAUUGGUCUACAAUGCCUCCAUCAACACCACUACUGCCCUUGUUCAGUUGGAUGUUACCAGGUCUACAAUCUGUGGCUUCAAGCAAAAUCUCUGCCGGCCAAUCAUCGACGAGAUUUAUGCAAUUGCCAAGGCUGAUGGCUACAAUAUCCCUUCUGAAAUGGAAGAUGAAAUGUUGAAUUUAUCCAACGGUCUUUACUAUCGUCCAUCUAUGUGCGUCGAUGUUGAUUUCGGCCGUAUGAUUGAGCUUGAGACUAUUGUUGGAAACCCAUUAAGAAUGGCCAAAAAAUAUGGUGUUCCAGCCCCAAGAUUGGACACUAUCUAUCAUCUAUUGCAAAUGGUGCAGUACAAAACCAUGGAAAAGGCAGGCCUAAUUAUUAUGGACGUUGAAAAGGGUGUUCCUCAUAAAACUUUUAAUUAG